CGGGAAAGAAUUGAAGAUCACGUGACGCGGCGGCCAACAUGGCGGCGGAGAAGAGCCGCAGCUAAGUAACCAGAAGCCUCCUGCUGAGUGAAACAAGCACCGGAGAGUUUUUCUACGUUUUCAGAGGACCGACGUUAGGUUUCCCGAUUCCUGCUGUGCGAUCGAGUCCUGAAGCAGCAAAAUGCCGGGAAAAAGCAGCGACCAGUUUAAAGCUGGAGACCUGGUGUUCGCUAAGAUGAAGGGUUUCCCUCACUGGCCUGCCAGGAUCUGCAAGUCAGACCGCGGCUACAAGAAACGAAUCCCGGUCUUCUUUUUUGGGACUCAUCAGAUAGGCAGCCUGCCGCCCGAGAACGUCGUUCCGUACAUCGGAAACAAGAUGAAGUACGGCAGUGGAGUUCGCAUUAAAGGCUUCGCUGAGGGAAUGUGGGAGAUCCAAAACACUCCUGGAGUCGGCAGUAAACUAAAAGUACCAGGAAAGACCAACACCCAGACUACACCUGCUAAACAGACUUCUGCAAACAGAGCUAAACCCACUUCUGCCUCUAAAGCUACACCUGCUACACCAGCUUCUGCCUCUAAAGCUACACCUGCUAAAACUUCAAAUGACAAACGGAGAAGUUCGUCCGCUCCCUGUAAACCUGAACCCGACAGUAAACCGGCUGCUGCUGAAUCAGAAACUCCUGUUAAAACUGCUACCAGGGCGUCGUCCAGGUUAGCUCCAGAUAAAUCUACAGAGUCCAAAGAGACUUCUACAAAUGUUACAGAAACUGCUGUUACAGCAAGAAGCAGAAGAGCAGCAAGCCGAGGAUCUGCAGGAGUGAGUGCAGGUUCUGCAGAGGACAAAAAAGAGAUAACAGCAGGUGAAGUCGUCAGUAAACCUGCUGCUGAAACAAAUAAAGCUGCAGCUAAGACAGAAACUCGAAGCACUCGAAGUUCUCCAGCAGAGGAACCAGAACCUUCAGCAGCUUCCAGCUCUGCAGAGACUGAAUCUGCUGCUACCACCAGGAGCAGAGCAGCAGAGUCCAAGCUCGCAUCACUGCAGGAGGAUGCUGAAACUGAGCAAAAGAAGAAGAAAACAGCUGCUGGUCCUCCAGUGGCGACUGAAGGAGAGAGGAAGAAGAAAGAGGAGGAGAACCGAGGGUUGAAGAGGAAGAGAGACGAGAAGGACGAGGAGAAUAAAAGAAGUCUGGACAUCAGAGAAGAAGAGAAAGAGGAGACCAAAUCAGAGAGACGAACUUCAAACAGGAAGAGAUGGAAGGAAGUGGAGGACGAAGGAAGGGAAGAGGAGAAGACGACUUUGGAGAGACCAACAUCACGACAACAAAGAGAAGAGAAAGAGGACGAAGGAAAGGAAGAGGAGAAGAUGACUUUGGAGAGACGAACGUCACGGCGACAAAGAGAAGAGAAAGAGGACGAAGGAAAGAAAGAGGAGAAGACGACUUUGGAGAGACGAACAUCACGACGACAAAGAGAAGAGAAAGAGGACGAAGGAAAGGAAGAGGAGAAGACGACUUUGGAGAGACGAACAUCACGACGACAAAGAGAAGAGAAAGAGGACGAAGGAAAGAAAGAGGAGAAGACGACUUUGGAGAGACGAACAUCACGACGACAAAGAGAAGAGAAAGAGGACGAAGGAAAGGAAGACGAGAAGACGGCUUCAGAGAGACGAACAUCACGACGACAAAGAGGAGACAAAGAGGACGAAGGAAAGGAAGACGAGAAGACGACUUCAGAGAGACGAACAUCACGACGAAGAGAAGAGAAAGAGGAUGAAGGAAGGGAGGAGGAAAAGACGACUUUGGAGAGACGAACAUCACGACGACAAAGGGAAGAGAAAGAGGAUGAAGGAAAGGAAGAGAAGAAGACGACUUCAGAGAGACCAACAUCACGACGAAGAGAAGAGAAAAAGGACGAAGGAAAGGAAGAGGAGAAGAAGACUUCAGAGAGACCAACAUCACAACGAAGAGAAGAGAAAGAGGACGAAGGAAGGGAAGGGGAGAAGACGACUUUGGAGAGACAAACAUCACGACGACAAAGAGAAGAGAAAGAGGAGAAAACAGACAGAACAGAAAAAGAGGAGCAGAAACCGAGAGAAGAUGGAGGCGAAGGACCGAGGAGAGAGUGGAGGAAGAGAGAAAAUGAGGAGCAGAAGGAACCAAAGAAGAAAGGUGAAGAAAGAAAGAAAGAGGAGAGACGAGAUGAGAGACAGCGAAAAAAGAGGAAGCGGGAGGAAGAGGAGAAACCGAAACAGGAAGAAGGCAUGGAGGUGAAGAAGAAGAAGAAAAAAAAGAAGAAGAAUGAGGUGGAGAAGAAGGAUGGAGGAGAUGAGGAAGGAAAGGAGAGAGGAGGCAAAUCUGUGGACCAAGAGCAACAGCGCCACCUGGCGGCGAAGAGAGAGAGUCUGCUGAGGUCUCUGAGGGGUCUACUGAAGGCCGGCCGAGGAGCAAAGAGGAGGGAGGCGAUGAAGAACGCCACGAGAGUCGGAGAUCCAGCCAAGAGGAAGACGGAAACUCAGAGGACCUCAGAGAAGACGAGCAGGAAGACGGGAACCUCCAUCAGCCAGAGAACACCAGAGAAGAAGAACAAGGAGGAGAAAGGAGAGAAGACGAGUCAGACGGCAGAGGAGGUGAAGGAGAAGGAGGCGAGAGAAGACGAGAAGAAGAACGAAGAAAAGAAAGAGGAGAGGAAAAUCAUCGGGAAGAUCGUGAAGGCAACAGCCGGACAGGGAACGAAGAUCCAGGUGAAGAUGGGAGGAAUGACAACAACGACCGAGGAGGAGAAGAAGAAGAGGGAGGAGGAGGAGAAGAAAGAGAGGGAGGAGGAGGAGAAGAAGAAGGAGAAGAAGAAAGAGAGGGAGGAGGAGGAAAAGAAGAAGGAGAAGAAGAGAGAGAGGGAGGAGGAGGAAAAGAAGACAGAGGAGAAGAUGAAAAGGGAGGAGAAGCAGAAGAAAGAGAGGGAGGAGGAGGAGAAGAAGAAGGAGAAGAAGAGAGAGAGGGAGGAGGAGGAAAAGAAGACAGAGGAGAAGAUGAAAAGGGAGGAGAAGCAGAAGAAAGAGAGGGAGGAGGAGGAGAAGAAGAAGGUGGAGGAGGAGAAGAAGAAAGAGAGGGAGGAGGAGGAGGACAAGAAGAAGGAGGAGGAGGAGAAGAAGAAGAUGGAGGAGGAGAAGAGGGAGGUAGAGGAGAAGAAAAAGAUGGAGGAAGAGAAGAAGAUGGAGGACAAAAGAAAGAGGAGAAGAGAGGAGAUAAAUAUGGAGAGGGACAAGAAGAAAAAAGAGGAAGAGGACAAAAGGCAAGAGGGAAAGAAGAAGAUGGAGGAAGAGAAGAAGGAGGAGAAUGUGGAGGAGUUGAAGAGGAGCUUGAGAGGCGGCACCGGAGAGAUGAAGAAAUCUGAAGAUGCAACGAGACUAAGCUCAGAGGCCAAGAGGAAAUCAGAAAGAACGAAGGCCGAGGACGAGAAAGACAAGAACGCAACGGAGGAAGAGAAGAAGAAGAAAGACGAGGAGGAGAAGAAGAAAGAUGAGGAAAAGAAGAAGAAAGAUGAGGAGGAGAAGGCUGAAGACGGGAAAAGAGUCGCAGGCGGCGAGAGGAAAUCAGAAAGAACGAGAGCCGAGGACGGGAAAGAAAAGAAUGCAACAGCGGAAGAGAAGAAGACGAAAGGCAAGAAGAAGAGGAGGUUGGAGGAAGAGAAGAAGAAGAGCUCGGAGGAAGAGAAGAAGUCUGAAGAUGGGAAAAGAGUCGAGAGGAAAUCAGAAAGAAGGAGAGCAGCAGCCGAGGACGGGAAGAAGAGCCAAACGGAGGACGAGAAGAAGACGAGCGGAGCUGAUGAGACACACGGAGGAGAAGAACAGCAGAAAGAGGAGGAGAAGAAGAAAAUGACAACCAGAGAGCAGAAGAAGAAAGAAAACCCCAAGGGGGAAUCACAAGAGAAGAUGAGCGACAAAACGGUGCCAGGUCACCCGAAGAAGAGGAGCAAAGAGGAAAAGAAACCACAGAAGAAGAGCAUCAAAGACGACAAAACGGCGACAGAUCAGACAAAUAAAACGAGCGCCGAAGAGUCAAAACCGCAGAAGAAGAGCAGCGACAGUGACAGGAGGAGCAGAGCCGAGACGUCGGUCGAAUCCACCACCAAAGAAGAAGCGGAGAAGAAGAGCGCAGAAGAAGACGGUAAACCAGAGAAGAAGAGCUCUGCAUCGCUAACGGACUCAACUCUGCACAGAAUCCACGGAGACAUCAGGAUCUCUCUGAAGUCCGACAACCCGGACGUGUCCAGGUGUCUGAGGGCGCUGGAUCAGCUGAGCAUGGUUUACGUGACGUCACAGCACGUUCAGAGACACAGCGAGCUGGUGGCCACGCUCAGGAAGAUGCGCUACUACCGGGCCAGCGAGGCCGUCAUGGCCAAGGCCUCGAUGCUCUACAACCGCUUCAAGAACGCCUUCCUGGUGGGGGAAGGAGAGGAGGUGGUGAGCGCCGCCUUCCUCAGGUCGCUGCUGCAGGAGAAGGAGGAGGAGGAGCAGCAGAGGGUGGAGCGGUGCAGGAGGGAAGAGCUGCUGGACCAGGUGAGGAGGAGGAUGGAACAGCUGAAGGAGAGGAAGAGGAGGGACGACGACGAGGAGGAGGAUGGAGAGAAAGAAGAUGGAGAGGAGGACAACGGAGAGAAGGAUGAGAAAGAGGAGGAUGGAAAAGAACCGGACAACCAGACGGCAGCUCCAGUGGACUCUUCCUGAGGUUCUCCUGAAGCAGCUGGACUGAACCACGUCUGACCUGCGGGGGGGAGCAGCUGAACAACACGUUUACCUCGACAGACUGUUUAUUUAUUGUUUUAUUUAACGUCAGCAUUAAAUCUGCUCUGAGUGGUUGAAGUCCAGCCUCACCUGGACUCACCUGUUCACCUGCUGCAGACUCCUCUACUGUUAAACAUGGACUUUGUUUUAUUGGUUUUAUUGGGUUUUUCUUUGCCGUUUGACGUCAGAUUGAAGCAUUAAAGUUUGUGUAGAACUUUGUACAGACAGAUUUUAUGGUUUUCUUGUUUUUAUUUCUGUUACUGAUUAAAGUUUCCAUCGUUUCUGCAGACGUCUGCUUGUCUGAGCGUCUCCACAGUUUGAGAAAAGUGUUUUUAUUUUUCAUUUUUAAACCUGCAGACAUUAAAGACUUUAAAAAGUUAAA